AUGAAAAACCUUUGCCGCUUCUUUCCUCCUCUUCUCUUCCUCACGGGUUUGGUUAUACUUGUAUCCGUGACCCACGCCCAUACCCACGACCUGGAUACCCACUCGCCCACCCUGGCAUGCCAAUCCACCUCGAACCCGAAACGAUGCCGUUUCGUCCUACUGUCAUUCGGAUCCCCAAGCCCCGACCCGCUCCACUACGCAAAGCUCUUCCUCAAACAAUGCCUCAAAGACGCCCAUCGCCUCUCCCGCAUUUUCAAGUCCCACGUCCAGCUCCACCACGAGCGGCAGUCGCUGUCGGAGGCUCCACGGCUCCGCCUCAUGGAGGCCCGCGCGCUCGAAGACUGCCGUCAGCUCGUGGAGUUCACGAUGGACGACUUGCAGGCCGCGAGGGCCGAGUUGCCCUCGGCCGGGUCUCCCACUGGCGAACUCGGGAGCCGAGUCCAGACUCAGCUCACCGCCGUAGUCACUUAUCAAGACACGUGCUUGGAGGGGCUAAAGGAAUCGGGGAGCAAAAUCGGCGGCGCGGUGACCGCGCCAGUGGCGAGCGCCUCCGAAUUGUUUAGCCUUUCACUGUCUUUGGUGUCUCGGACGCUGGGGUCCGCCGCAAGGGAAGGUCAGAGCGGCGCCGGCAGUCGGGAUCGGUUUCCCGGUGAGGCGUACUGGGCUCACCAACCAAUAUCCACUCUCACCAAGGUUUUAGAAAGAAGAGACGACUACAGUGACAAUGGAGGAUCAAUGCGGUUGGAGAAUCUGAGGGAGUUGUUGAAAGAGAGUGGGAUCAAGGUGAAGGGGCUAGUGACAGUGGGCACAGGCGGCGGCGGCAACACCACCACCGCCAACUUCACGACCAUCGGAGAAGCCAUCGCCACCGCUCCCAACGACACUAAUUUCUACACGGGCGGCUACUUUGUUAUUUACAUACAGAAAGGAGUGUACGAGGAGAACCUUCUUGUGCCCAAAAAUAAGAGUAGUAUCAUGAUGAUCGGCGACGGCAUCAACCAGACGGUCGUCACCGGCAGCCGGAACGUCGCCGACGGCUGGACUACCUACAACUCCGCCACCUUCGCCGUCGCCGGCGACAGAUUUGCAGCCAUAGACAUAACGUUCAAAAACACGGCGGGGCCUGAGAAGCACCAGGCGGUGGCCGUCCGGUGCAGCGCCGACCUGAGCGUCUUCUUCCGCUGCAGCUUCGAAGGGUUCCAGGACACUCUCUACGUCCACACUCACCGGCAAUUCUACAGAGAGUGCCAGAUUUACGGCACCGUCGACUUCAUCUUCGGCAACGCCGCCUCCAAUUUCCAAAACUGCGGCAUCUUCGCUCGAAAACCCAUGGCCAACCAGACCAACAUCGUCACGGCCCAGGGUCGAACCGACCCGACCCAGGCCAGCGGCAUCUCCAUCCAGAACUGCACCGUCCGGCCCGCGCCCGACUUGGCCGCGGACCUCAACUCGACCAAGUCCUAUCUGGGGCGGCCCUGGAAGAAUUACUCCCGGACCGUCUACAUGCAGUCCGACAUCGACGGGUUCAUUGACCCGGCCGGGUGGUCGCCCUGGAGCGGAACGGCCGGGUUGGACACGCUUUUCUACGGGGAGUUUGAGAAUUACGGGCCGGGUUCGAACAUGUCGGAUCGGGUUCAGUGGCCCGGCUUUAAAGUGAUGAACUUGUCACAGGCUGUGCGUUUUACCGCGUAUAAUUUCACUUGGGCAGAUCUAUGGUUGCCUGCCAUUGUUCCCUUCAAUGUAGGAUUGCGGUAA